UCAAGUACUCUGGUUGAAAACGUAAACAAAAAAUCAAAGCAAACAUUUUAAAUUCGGUUUGCUUAAGUAGAAAACCCUAAUACUUAUGUUAAUCAAAUAAUAAAGGAUAGUGGCAAUGAAAGUUUCCAAGGGACAGUGUUGUAAAUGUGCCUCUACAGUUGAAGACGGAGUCACUCUCUAUCGGUUUCCUAAACCCGGCUUAAAAAAUGCACUACGUUGCGAGCUUUGGGCCAAGUUCUAUGCUCCAGACAGGAACUGGGCCUCCACAGAACUUCAGAACCAGUUAUAUUCUCAACACAAGAUGCUCUGUUCGAAACACUUUGAAAGUUCAAUGUUCUAUGAUAAGACCAAACUAGUGAGACAUGCCGUGCCUAAUCAAAGCAACUGUGAUAUUAAGGUGGAAAAGUCCAGCCCAAACACACCCAGCCCCAGCCUUCGGCCCUCAGAAGAACAGCUGACUAUGGAGCACUAUUCUGAUACUGAGGAUAAAAAACCAUAUGAAGGCAUCAUUUGUAUCUGCUGUAUGGCAACGGAAAAUUUGGAGGAAUUAUUUGCUCAGAACAAUGACUACAACUCUGAGUACCAUGACUAUGCUUCAAUGAUACAGUCCGGUUUGAAUAUUCAGUUGUCAGCAGCUGACGGCCACUCCUCGAUCUGUAGGACAUGCGCUGACAAAGUUACCGAAGUUGUAUUCUUCAAGCAACAAAUUCUAAAUACUGUGUCCUUAUUGACCUCCGUGAAUGACAGCAAGUUGACACAAAAAUCAGACGAUGCAACCAAGCUUAAGAUCCACGUGAAGAUUGAGGCCAUUGAUAGUGAUGAUCUGACGUCAGGUGCUGAUGAUGAUGAUGAUGAUGAUAAAAAGGGUGCAGUUGAGCAUAUAGAGGAAAAACCGGCGCCAAACCAAAAAAGGAAAGUGGGACGACCGCGCAAAUUCCCCAAAACAAAAAUGCCAUACAAAAUAGGAGCGCAAGACCGAAUCUGCAGAGAAUGUAACUUGGAGUUCCCCAACAAUUUGAUAUUGAAGCGGCACUACAAUAGUCACUUCCCGAACUUCAAGUGCACUGUUUGCUUAAAAAGUUUUAUGAAUUCGCAGAGUUUGACAAAACACGAGCGCGUUCAUUUGACUGGACCAUUCGAGUGCAAUGUUUGUCACAAGGAGUACAGCGCUUAUAACUCCCUAAUGAGUCACAAGAGAAGACACAAAAAAGAUCCUUUAUACAAGUGCAACAUGUGCAAUAUAAGAUUUGCUACUAUUGCUAAAAGAGUCAAACAUUUGGAGUUAGAACACGGCGUGACGGAAAAACUAUACAAAUGUGAAUACUGCGACAUGGCGUUCCGACAUAGCGAGGAACGCCAUAGACAUAUCACGGCUAAGCACCAUAGACAAGAGUACAGGUGUCCAGUGUGUGAUUUUCGCUCCACGCAGAGUGGAGUGCGCGCACAUUUGGCCAACAUACACGGAGAAGGCGAGAAGAAGCAUAGGUGUGAUACGUGCGAUAAGACAUUUUGGAGACGACAAACUUUGGUUUUGCAUUGCAAAAGUCACUUUAAUGAGCGAAGUUUCAAAUGCAAGCUGUGCUCAAAGAGUUUCGUUCAAAAAGUCACAUUAUGCCGCCAUAUUGAAAUGCACAUAAAGAAGGGAGAGUUUACUGGGCACCCGGGCGAGUUAGUUACUACAAAAGAAUCGGAAGACACUGGCAUGCUAGAAGAACGAUUAGACGAAGAGUAUUUAGACGAAAGUUGUUCGGCGUCGUCGGAAAUUUUUGAAAAAGGAACAUUUGAGGAAAUCGAAGCAAAUUUGGAUUUGGAAUGCGGGUCGGAUUUCGAAAUUGAAGCUCUGGAUGAAUGGAGUUUGAACUCCAACGAGUUUGAUGAAAUUGAAGGAUGAGACUGUAUUCUGAAUAAACUAUCAUUUUAUGUUAA